ACCACCUUACGGUCCACACAGUCCGGGGAGCGACGGCUCUCCAUCAGCAUGUAGAUCACAAAUUUCGCAACGCCAAGUGCCGAUGCGCGUUCCUUAUUAGAAAUUAUUGUACGGCAGGAGAAAAAGCAUAUUAGAUUAAAGUACAUGAAUUUCCCCACGAAUGCAUUAAUUACUGCGCUAAUUUAAUAUGGUAUCUCCAUCACUGAUUCUCGUCCGUAUGAGAUAAAUUCGGCACGAGCGACCGCACUGUAUUCGCUACCGUGAAAAUAACGGAUUGAGAGUCGUUUUAAGUCCUAUGGUUUUUUUGUUUAUUUUGCAUUUGUUUUAAGAUGUUUUUACUGGAUUUUCACAGUAUUUCCUUGCUAACCCUUUAACGUCCUUGGAGCAUGGCCUGGUGAGUUCUACUAGCUGCUGGCACACUGAUCUGAAGACAGAUAAAGCCUCACUGACUACGGAGCCUUCCUGACUGUCGGCGAAGAUCCCACACCCCGCAGGUUGCAGAUUGCGGUGAGACCUUUUGCAGUCUGUGUUUCCAUCCUUUUCCCAAUGGAUUGGAGCCUUGUUCGUUGACCCUUUGGAGGAGUCAUAAAAUGGUGGAAGGAGGAGCUGGGGAAGACAAAUAAAUCGACAAAAUAAAAAUAAAUGAUCAGUCCCUUAAUUGUCACGGAAUAAAAACGAGAAUUACGGAAAGAGGACAUACAGGCAGACAGGCAGCAGAAGUGAGGACGUUACCAGGCGGGACUCUGCAGUCAUGGGGGAUUUCAGCAACAGCACCGUGGCGUUUUACCCCAAGAGCCAGAGGGGGAGUGGGGUUGUUAGCGGGGCGUCGGAGGACAAUCCUACAGGCGGCUUUGGGGCCACGCUGGACGAGCUAAUGGCACUUAUGGAGCUGAGGGGGCCUGAAGCACUGCAGAAGAUUCAAGACAGUUACGGUGACACUGAGGGACUCUGUCACCGGCUGAAGACCUCCGCCACUGAGGGUCUGUCGGACAGCCCUGCGGACCUGGAGAAGAGAGGGCAGGUGUUUGGACAGAACUUUAUUCCACCAAAGAAACCCAAGACCUUCUUGCAGUUGGUGUGGGAGGCUCUGCAGGACGUCACACUUAUCAUCCUGGAGAUGGCUGCCAUAAUCUCCCUCGGACUGUCUUUUUACCAACCACCAGGAGAAGAGAGUGAAGUAUGUGGGAAAGGGUCUGGGGGUGCGGAGGAUGAGGGCGAGGCAGAGGCAGGGUGGAUUGAAGGGGCAGCCAUCCUGUUGUCUGUCAUUUGCGUGGUGCUGGUGACGGCCUUCAAUGACUGGAGCAAAGAGAAGCAAUUCCGUGGUUUGCAGAGCCGUAUCGAACAGGAGCAGCGUUUCUCCGUGGUCCGCAACGGCAACGUCAUCCAGAUACCCGUGGCUGAGAUGGUGGUGGGAGACAUAGCGCAAGUCAAAUAUGGUGACCUUUUACCAGCAGAUGGGAUUUUGAUCCAAGGGAAUGACUUGAAGAUUGAUGAGAGCUCUCUCACCGGAGAGUCUGACCACGUCCGCAAGUCUGCCGACAAAGACCCCAUGCUGCUGUCUGGUACCCACGUCAUGGAAGGUUCAGGCAGGAUGUUGGUCACUGCUGUUGGAGUCCACUCACAAACUGGGAUUAUCUUCACCCUACUGGGAGCUGGAGAGGGGGAGGAGGACAAGAAAGACAAGAAAGAGGGCAAUAAUAGCUCAGCCACACUGCAACCUGCUGCAGUCGAAGUCAAACAGAGCAGCAUCACUAAUGGCAAGCAGCAGGAUGGAACAGUGGAGAACAAUCAAAUUAAAGCCAAGAAGCAGGAUGGGGCGAUUGCCAUGGAGAUGCAGCCACUGAAGAGUGCGGAAGGGGGGGAAGUGGAAGAGAAGGAAAAGAAGAAAGCGAGCGUGCCCAAAAAGGAGAAGUCUGUGCUGCAGGGCAAACUGACCAAGCUGGCGGUGCAGAUCGGGAAGGCGGGUCUGGUGAUGUCUGCCAUCACCGUGAUCAUCCUGGUUCUGUACUUCGUGAUCGAGACAUUUGUGGUAGAGCGGCGGGCUUGGCUCCCAGAGUGCACACCCGUCUAUGUGCAGUACUUUGUUAAGUUCUUCAUCAUCGGCGUCACUGUGUUGGUGGUGGCCGUGCCAGAGGGCUUGCCGCUGGCUGUCACUAUCUCGCUGGCCUAUUCAGUGAAGAAAAUGAUGAAGGACAACAACCUGGUACGCCACUUGGAUGCAUGCGAGACGAUGGGCAACGCCACUGCCAUCUGCUCCGAUAAGACUGGCACCCUGACCACCAACCGCAUGACCGUGGUGCAGGUCUACGUGGGAGACCAGCACUUUCGAGAGAUCCCUGAUUCUGACCAGAUCCACCCCAAAACCCUGGAAACGCUGGUCAGCGGCAUUGCAAUCAACAGUGCCUAUACUUCCAAAGUCAUGUCACCAGACACGGAGGGUGGCCUUCCUAAGCAGGUGGGCAACAAGACAGAGUGUGCCCUGCUAGGCUUUGUGUUGGACUUGAAGAGGGACUAUGCCUCAGUCCGGGAGCAGAUUCCUGAGGAGAAGCUCUACAAGGUCUACACCUUUAACUCCGUCCGCAAGUCUAUGAGCACCGUGGUGAAGCUGCCCGAUGGCUCCUUUCGUCUCUACAGCAAGGGCGCUUCUGAAAUUAUGCUCAAAAAGUGUUCCUUCAUUCUAGGGGCAAGUGGUGAGGUAAACAACUUCCGUCCACGUGACCGCGAUGACAUGGUGAAGAAGGUGAUUGAGCCGAUGGCCUGUGAUGGCCUGCGCACAAUCUGCAUUGCGUACAGAGACCUGCCUGCCAGCCCAGAACCCGAAUGGGAUGCCGAAGCAGAUAUUGUGGGAGAACUUACCUGCAUCGCUGUAGUGGGCAUUGAGGAUCCUGUUCGACCUGAGGUCCCAGAUGCCAUCCGGAAGUGCCAGCGGGCUGGAAUCACUGUGCGCAUGGUGACGGGUGACAACAUCAACACAGCGCGUGCCAUCGCCGCUAAGUGUGGCAUCAUCCAGCCAGGGGAUGAUUUCCUGUGUCUGGAAGGCAAGGAUUUCAACCGGCACAUCAGGAAUGAGAAAGGAGAGAUAGAGCAGGAACGGAUUGACAAAAUCUGGCCGAAGUUACGGGUUCUGGCGCGGUCGUCCCCAACAGACAAACAUACACUAGUGAAAGGCAUCAUAGACAGCACUGUUGUGGAGCGCCGUCAGGUGGUAGCUGUGACAGGGGACGGCACAAAUGAUGGACCUGCACUCAAAAAGGCUGAUGUUGGUUUUGCUAUGGGAAUUGCCGGCACAGAUGUCGCAAAGGAAGCAUCAGAUAUCAUCCUAACGGAUGAUAACUUUUCCAGCAUAGUGAAGGCUGUGAUGUGGGGACGCAACGUUUAUGACAGCAUUUCCAAAUUCCUACAAUUCCAGCUCACUGUCAAUGUUGUAGCAGUCAUUGUGGCCUUCACCGGUGCCUGCAUCACACAGGAUUCCCCUCUCAAGGCGGUGCAGAUGCUGUGGGUGAACCUGAUCAUGGACACCUUCGCCUCCCUAGCCUUGGCCACCGAACCACCCACUGAAGCCUUGCUGCUUCGCAAGCCGUACGGCCGCAACAACCCUCUCAUCUCCCGCACCAUGAUGAAGAACAUCUUGGGUCAUGGUGUAUACCAGCUCAUCAUUAUCUUCACACUGCUCUUUGCAGGAGAGAAGAUUUUUAACAUUGAUAGUGGACGCAAUGCCCCCCUGCACUCGCCACCAUCAGAGCACUACACCAUCAUCUUCAACACCUUUGUUCUCAUGCAGCUCUUCAAUGAGAUCAAUGCCCGCAAGAUCCACGGCGAGAGAAAUGUCUUUGAUGGAAUAUUUAGGAACCCCAUUUUCUGCAGUAUUGUGUUGGGGACAUUUGCCGUGCAGGUUGUGAUUGUGCAGUUUGGAGGGAAGCCAUUCAGCUGUUCCCCUCUCAGCAUGGAGCAGUGGCUGUGGUGUCUGUUUGUGGGUGUUGGGGAGUUGUUGUGGGGGCAGGUGAUUGCUACCGUGCCCACCAGCCACCUGAAAUGGCUGAAAGAGGCUGGCCAUGGUCCAGCCACAGAUGAGGUAUUUGAUGAGGAGCUAGCAGAUGAUGAGGAGGAAAUUGACCUGGCUGAACGGGAGCUGCGACGUGGGCAAAUUCUCUGGUUCCGGGGCCUGAACCGUAUCCAGACUCAGAUGGAGGUAGUGAGUACCUUCAAGAGAAGUGGUUCGUUUCAGGGCGCCGCGCGUCGCCGCUCCUCCAUUCUCAGCCAGCUCCAUGACAUCCAAGUGGUGAAGGCUUUCCGUAGCUCUCUCUAUGAAGACAUUGAGAAGCCAGAGUCUAAGAACUCGAUCCACCACUUCAUGGCAUACCCCGAGUUUCUCAUCAACGACCUCCUCCACAACAUUCCCCUGAUCGAUGACACCGAUGCUGACGAGGAAUCCGAGCUGUGCAAAUACAACCAUGUGCACCUGGUCCUGCGUUCGCCCCACCCCCAGGAGGAACACCCCCAGCAGUCCUGGCUGCAUCCAAACCCUCCCCAGCUUCCUGUCUCACCAAACCAAAACAACAAUGCUGUGGACAGUGGCAUCUUUUUGACCCCUACAGACAAUGGUAAUAUGACGACCUCCCAUAGUCACUGCAGUGUGCUACACAGUCUGGAGACUUCUCUAUAACUGCUCGAAAUUAGGUUGGCGGUCAAGGGGGUUUACGGAACUCCCUCAGUGAACACAGGUGGGGCACCAUCAUAACUUAAUGUGGGUGUGAUUCUUUUGUGAAUGAUUUCUGCUGGAGCAACAUUUCCACAAACACCGCCAUCAUGCCCCCCAAUCCGCCAAAUCCCACUGCCAACCCUUUAAAUAUUGCCUUCAAUCCCUCAUGUCCAGCUUGGGAUUGUGACUUUUAUUUGCAACAGAGACUUUGACAGGGAAAGCUCAACAAUGAACAAUAUAUGCAGUUUACGAAGCAAUGGACUAGUACAAACUUUGGUACUUUUCAAAGAAUGACAUAGGUGGUAUAGCAGAGAAUAUAUUCAUUCUGCUUUUUAUUAAUAUCGUUCCAAUUAUCAAUAUAAAUGCUACAACUACUACUACUAUAUGGCAGUUAACGCUUCAUGUAUUAGCUUAACCUAAUCAUAUUUUAAGUUUAAAUAUGUAUGAAUGUUUUUUCUGUACUGUCUGCCUGUUGCAUUGUUGUUAUACUUUUAAUUUUGGAUUGUUUUCAACUAUUUGUCCCUUUUAUCUCUUUGUGUGUGUAUGUUUUGUCAUGUACAUUCUAAAAACUAAAAAAAGAAUAGCAAAAAACAGUAAAAAUGACCAAGUUAAGCAUAGUAAUAAAAGUGUCUGUUAAAAAAAACUGGAAAAAAUAUUCAACAACAUUGCUUUUUUUCUGAAAAGGCAUUUAGAUUGAUUUGUUCUGUGUCUUUAUAUGUAAUAUUAUAUUAAAUGGUCAAAAACUACAGUGCAACCAUUCUGGAUACACUGAAUCAUAGGUGCAAUGACUGGAAGACAAUCAAUGUAUUUGAAAAAUGAAUCUGCAGCAAAACAAAAUAAAUGUGCAAAUAACCUUUUAA